AUGAUGAUGAUGAUGAUGAUGAUUAUGAUAGCGGGAUUCGUGGAAUCUGUAACAACACCCAUCAAGACUUGGUUAGACACGAUUCUAAACAGUCAUAACACCACCAAUAUGGUGUUGAAGGAACUUGGUGUCGGUAGCUCUCCAGUUGACUGCGUCGUGUGCAUGUCGAAGGUGGCAUUGGGAGAAAGGGUGGCAAUGCUAGAAAGGUGCAGUCAUGGGUUUCAUGUCAAGUGCGUUGAAGCAUGGUUGAAAGAGCAUCCAAACUGCCCACUGUGCAGAACCCCUGUAUAUCUCUGGUGUCCAUGA